UAACGUUCUGGUGAUGAAACGAAGGUGCAAAUCGAAUUAAACACUCACGAACAUAAAGAAAAUGGACGAAAUAAUAUCGAGCUUCGUCCGGAAGCAUAUAGAUCUAUUGCAAUUAGAACGCGACGAGAAUCUUCAGCACGUUUUCAACAACAUAUCUGCUCAAGCCCUUCGUAACCUCGAAAAGGAAGGAGAUGCAUUGACUAAAUUGUCGGUUGGGAGUUUAGCUAGCCGUGGUUUAAAACAGCUUCAAAUUGACUUCGUCGACCCCAACAAUCUCCCCUUGAAGCAUGCCUUUGCCGUCGGUGACUUGGUCGCUUGCAUUCAAAUGAAUAAUCGCAGCCAGUUUCUACCUGGCCUCGUUUCAGCCAUCUCACAGCGAACCAUCUCAAUCGCCAUCUCAGAUCAAACUGUUGUCAAUGUCAAUGAAGAGGAACAAUUCGCCAUUAUCAAAGCUGAUUCAGAUUAUACUUACAAUAGCCAAACCAGAGCUUUGAAAAAUCUGGAAUCAACGGAAAUAUAUUCCUGGCGAUGUUUUAAUAUAAUUAGAAUGCUUUUCGACAAUGAUGAGAAAGUUUCUCAGGAGCUAGUAGACAUGGACAUCGAAAUCUCUGAAAAAUAUUUGAAUGAAGAUGGUCAGCUAAAGUUCAUCAAUUCUAAACUUGCGGAAGACCAGCGCAUGGCAGUAACAUUUGCACUGCGCAAAAAAUUUCUUGCCAUUAUUCAAGGACCCCCUGGCACAGGAAAGACUACUACGUUGGUUGAAUUAAUCGGCCAAUUGCACGGGUUGGGUAAAAAGGUGUUGGUGUGCGCUCCAACUAAUGUUGCGGUGGACAACAUUGCCCAGAAACUAUGUGAGGCUGGUAUAAAGCCGCUGAGAAUGGGCCAUACGGCUAGGAUAGCGAGGGAGGUACAGAGCUGUUCAGUAGAUGCCAACGUGCGGCAAGAUAACUCCUAUGAAAUUUUAGUUCAGAUAAAACAUUCGUUGAAAGAAUUGCAAGAAAAAGACGGAGGCGCUGAGAAGGGUGGGAAGCCAUGGGGUAAAAUCAAAGAUUUGAACAGAGAGUACCGAGAGCGAAUGGACAAGUUGACUUCUGAAAUAAUCAGACGGCAUUCUGUCAUUCUCUGCACUCUGAACUCUGCGACCACCGGCAAACGUGCCAAAACUAUGCGGCACGUACCCAGAGAUUAUUUCGAUCUUGUGGUAGUGGACGAAGCUUCUCAGGCAUUGGAGGCCUCGAAUUGGAUCGCAAUUCCAAGUGCGGAGAAGGUUGUGCUUGCCGGUGACAUCAACCAGCUUCCGCCUGUUGUUAUGAACCAAAAAGCAGCCAAAAACGGACUAAGUCUCAGCCUCAUGGAAAGGGCGAUCAAAAAACUCGGAAAGAAUGCUUAUAAGAGUCUCGAAAUUCAAUACAGAAUGAAUAGCAAAAUUAUGUCAUGGUCUAGCGAACAGUUUUAUGAAAGUACUCUCAAGGCGGACAAACUCGUUGAGAAUCACUUACUCAAAGAUCUGCCUGGAGUGGAAGUCUGUCCGCUUACAAGUGAUUCCUUAGUGUUUAUCGACACCUGCGGAUGCGAAUGCGAGGAGUAUCAGAUCGGCAGUGGGACAAUAUCGAAAGGAAACGUUGGUGAAGCGAUCGUAGUUGACCGGUUAGUAGCGGCACUGGUGAAAUCUGGUGUCCCAGAAAAAGAAAUCGGUGUAAUAACACCGUAUGCUCUGCAGGUAGACUUCAUACGAAAAACGCUGUCAAGUCGUUCUAUAUCUGCUGAAGUUUCAACUGUUGAUGGCUUUCAAGGCAGAGAAAAGGAAGUGAUCGUACUAUCUUUGGUCCGGAGUAACGACGAAAAAUCACUCGGCUUUGUUACUGACUUUAGACGCCUAAAUGUUGCAGUUACACGGGCAAGACGACUGCUUGUCGUUAUCGUUAACAGCGAAACUGUUGAGGAUAACAAAUUAAUUACAAGUCUUUUGAAGCACAUUGAAGAUAAUGGCCUGUUACAAACAGCGCAGGAAUAUUUGGAAGAUAAUUCGGAGGACCUUAAGAAAGAGUUGGAAGAAAAUGUAAAAGUGAAACACAAAUCUGUUGUGACCAAUAAAACGGAUAGUAAGACAGAAAAGAGAAAGAAACCAGCAUCGAAAAAUGGUGAUCAAAUUAAAGGCGAUACCAAUUUGAAGACUGUUCUCAAAGACAAAGGAAUCGAUUUGAGUAUAAACGCAAAUAGGAAAGAAUAUAAUCUCUUCGAAUGCAUUAGCGAAAGUAAUUCCGACAUUGAGGACACAGAAUUAACUCCGAACAUAGCAGAAAUCGCUUCAGAGGACCCGGAAGAAACAGAUGAACCUUUGCCAUCUGUUGAACAGGUGGAAUCAAAACCUAAAAUUGAAUUAUCUAAUUUGAUCUCGAGUUUAAAGCAGCUCGAGACAAAUUCCACUCAAGUUUCUUCUGCAAACACGCCUCUUGCUUCGAAUCAACCCGAGCCUAUGAAAGCUAAGAAGAAUAAGAAAUCUAAAAAUCGUAAGCCAAAAAAUGUAGAAAUUCCGGAGGAUGAUGAUCUUGAUACAUUAAUAGCGACGGUGACAGCCAAUGAUUACAUCUGUGCAAUGUCAGGCUGCAAAAAAUCUACCCAAUUAAUGCAUGUUGAUUGCGAAUUUUGCAAAUCUAGGUUCUGUCUUACACAUGGGAUGCAAGAAAUUCACGGUUGCGGAGAAGCCGUGAGGAACAAAGAGAGGAAAGAGUUUGUUCGUCGGAAGCCAGAAAACUGUAAGAAAACGGACAAAGAUAAAUUUGCAAGAAAGCUGAAGCAGCUGGAGGAGGCUCGAAAACCCAGAAAAAAAGUUGAAAAGUAGUUUAAAUAAGUGUAUAAAAAAAUACCUUCUGCGGCAACUUUUGUAAAGAAUACGAUAUAGUUCACAGAACUAUGCGUAUUCUACAAAUUAGAAUAAAAGUUACAAUAUUUAUUUAUCAUACAUAUAUACUGCGCUGCGCGUUAGUCACAUUUAUAUAAGUUUCCAUUUCAUUUCGAUUUCCUUUAUGUGGUUUCACAGUUUUACAACAAUCAUGUGAAACGCCGUAUGAAUAAACCAAUUUUCUAUUUAAAAUAUAAUGCAUGAGUUUACGCAAGCUUCACGUCACCCCGAUCAAUGCAGAAAUAAUUUAACUGAUGAAAGUUUCAGAAAUAAUCUCCAGCAACAGAAAGCUAUUAUACAUUGUUAAAAAAAAAUUCGAUUUAUUCUAAGUAUAUUUACACGACACCUUUUUUGGUGGUCAA